AUGGCGGAGAGCAAAGACAUGGCGCACCACAUUCGAGAAGCCGCACAAACCGCUAGCGAGACUACAGCCGCCGCCGCCGUCAGAACAAGUGCCCCUCGAUCCGGAGAAGAGUGUGGACUCUUUGGCUCCGAGCUGAUAUCCCCCGCAAUCGCGGCUUCACUCCCGUCUUCAUACACGAUCCGCGCGCUGCGAAAAUCAGACUACGCGAUUGGCUUCCUUGACGUCUUGCGAGUCCUUACGACGGUAGGCGAUAUCUCUCAAGAGGCGUGGAAUGAGCGUUACGACUGGAUGAGUGGACAAGGGAAGGGAGGUUACUAUCUGCUCGUCAUUGAGGACCAGGGCCGGAUCGUAGGAACCGGGGCGUUGAUCGUGGAGCGGAAAUUUAUUCAUAACCUGGGCCUCGUCGGACACAUCGAGGAUAUUGCAGUAGCAAAGGAUCAGCAAGGGAAGAAACUCGGACUGAAGCUUAUCCAGGCGCUGGAUUUCGUGGCGGAGAAGGUGGGAUGCUACAAGUGUAUCCUAGACUGCAGCGAAGCCAACGAGGGCUUCUACGUAAAGUGUGGAUACAAGAGGGCUGGGCUGGAGAUGGCACAUUAUUAUGACGGAAACACGAGUAAAGACGUGGCUGGGAAGAAGCCUGCCUAG